GCUAGCUCGAAAUCAAAACCAUUACUUUCGAUCCAUCCACCACAAUGGCGGAGGCGUCGGCUCGACAGCGUCGGCGUCGCCUGCGCCGGCGAACCGGAGCAGGUGCUACAAGCGUAUGUUCAGCUUCGGCGACUCUCUGAUCGACACCGGCAAUUUCAUCGUCCACUACGCCAAUGCGUCGGGCCCCGUCCUGGCGUUGCCCUACGGGGAGACCUUCUUCGGCCGCCCCAACGGCCGCUGGUCCGACGGCCGCCUUGUUGUCGACUUCAUCGUGGAGAGGCUGGGGUUCCCGUACUGGCCGGCGUACCUGCAAGCGGCGGCAGGGAAGUCGCCGGCGGAGGAGUUUCGGUACGGCGCCAAUUUCGCGGUGGCGGCCGCCACGGCGUUGAGCCAGGAGUUCUUCAUUAAAAAAAACCUCAGCGUUGACCAGUUCCCACCGAUCCCCCCCUACUUCCUCGACGUCCAGAUCGGCUUGUUCAACAUAGUGCUCGCCGCGCUCGCCUCCACAAACCAAGAGCGGAAGGAGGUGAUGGCGAGCUCGCUGUUCCUGGUGGGAGAGAUCGGCGCCAACGACUACAACCACCCCUUCUUCCAAAACAAAACAGUCGAAUGGGUCAGGCCCAUCGUGCCCCAGGUCAUCAGGUCCAUCGCUCUCUCCAUCGAGGCCUUGAUCGAGCUGGGCGCCAAGACCAUGUACGUGCCGGGCAUCUUCCCGCUGGGGUGCACCCCGCAGUUCCUCUUCCUCUUCCCCGGCGACGACCGCGACCCUGCCACGGGCUGCCUCCGGUGGCUCAACGACCUUGUCCUCCUCCACAACCGCAUGCUGAAAGCCACGCUCGAGGAGCUCCGCCGCGACCACCCCGGCGUGUCCAUCACCUACGUCAACACCUACGACGACGUGCUCACCCUCAUCACCAAGCCGGCGGAGAACGGGUUCAGCGUGGAGACGGUGCUGAAGGCGUGCUACCCCGUCUUGAACGCCGGGCCGGCGGCGGUGCCGUGCCCGGACCCGUCGACGUACGUGUCGUUCGACGGCCUGCACAUGACAGAGGCGGCGUACAAGAUCAUGGCCCGAGGGGUGCUCGAUGGCCCGUUCGCCGCGCCGCCCAUCAUGUCCACAUGCAACCACAACUGUUAGACCUGCGUACAGUACCAUGUCCCGCACGUACGAGUUGCUGCUGCCAAACCACAGGAUCAUAUCAUCAUUAACCCGCAAAAUAUAAAAUCAUCAUUUGAUUUGAAUCGACAUUCUUCGUUGGUGUGUCUCCUCGACGCCUGAAAUAAUGUAAAUCGUUCCCGAGCAUGUGCUAUGUUCCCGCUGAAUAAAUUCGCGUGUUGUGCAUCAUUGUUUUUACAGAGAGAACUGUGUUCGUUGGGUAAGCAGUUUAACAUGAUCUUUUUUCCCCCGGAUGAAACUG